AUUCGGCGGAGGCGGAGCUGGACGCGUGUGAAUGGAGUGGAUGAUGCCUCCUUUCGCCACCGGAGACGAGGUGGUCUGAUCCUGCUGUCCUUACCCACGAGGUCAGAAGACGGUUUAACCUCUGUGUGACACUCUGAAUGACCUCAUUACACUGUAGAGCAUCAAUAGGGUGACAGAAUUCUCUUUCCUACCUCCCUUCACCCUUCUACAACUCCAUACAACACAGAAACGUCACAAUCCCAUAACUGUGUCAUACACCAGCACUUUUGUAUGAGGAGGAAAAUUUCUCUGCCGUGAAAGAAAUUUCCAGCUUCCAAUCAGCCCCAGUUAUUUUUCUGUGAAAGUCAAUUAACACCAAUUGGCUGCAGCCAAUCAGCGGCACUGUUUAUCUUUUGCAGCCAAUCAGCGCCAUCCUCUCCAUCAUGGACUUUCUGCAGAUGAAGCACCUGAAGAGGAAGAGGAAGAGUAACUACAGCGUGAAGGAAACGCAAACUCUUAUCCGCGAGAUCCACAAACGGCGCGAGAUACUGUUUUCACGGCAACAGAACAUGGCCAUCAACGAACUGAAGCGACGCGCAUGGGAGGAGGUCGCGGACAGCGUCAAUGCGCUGGGAGAGGGGGAGCUACGCACAGCGUCCGAGGUCAAGCGACGCUACCUGGACUGGCGUGCGCUAAUGAAACGAAAGCAGCUUCAAGCUGAGUUGGCUUCAGGAUUGAAGGCGGAGUUCGAACCGUCGUCUCCUGAUAAUGAGGCGUCUCUGGGUGGUGGUGACCAGUCACUGGACCUCAGUGGGUUUUCAAAAGACUCAGCAUGUGACUGGCAGGAUCUGACUGACCUCGGGGAGCCCAGCACGCACACAGCAGGAGUCAAAAUGGAGGACGAUGACGCCAGCAGCUACAGAUUGGAGGCAGAGGUCGGGGAAGGUGGUGAGGGUGAGGAAGAUGAUGACGACUGUUUUCCCUCCAUGCUCCCUGACAUGGACCGCGAAGGGCGUGUUCCUGAGGUCUUCGCUCACAUCGAUGAAUACGGCGUGCUUAGCUCCACAAAGCCUUCAAUGGGCCCAGCAGCAGGCAGAGACUUAGGGCUCGGAGUUGGCGCUGUGACUGGGAUGAGCAUAGCAGGAUUAGGCCUGUCUGGUGGCGACAACACAAGCCUGCUGGUGGCGCUAGAGAGGCAGCGACUGGACCUGGAGAAACAUCGCUUACAGGUGGAGUCUGAACGACUACAGGUAGAGAAAGAGCGCCUCCUGGUGGAAAAGGAGAGGUUGCGGCAGGGCGAAGUGGAGCGAGAGAGGUUGCAGUUGGAGAAGGAACGUUUGCAGGUAGAACGAGAACGAUUGCGACUGCUCGUGAAACAAAACACGCCGCUCUUACAAAGCCCCGCCCCUUCUACCUCCACAGCUACACCCACCACUUCCUCCUCUGUCCCCACGUCAUCCUCAUUGGAUGGAGAGAAGGACAGAAAGCUGGCCUGGCCAUUGGUGGUGGAUUUAGAGGCAGAGAAGCUGAAGUUGGAGAAAGAGCGCCUCCUGUUAGAGAAAGAGAGACUGCAGUUUUUUAAGUUUGAGUCGGGCAGACUGCAGAUAGAGAAAGAGCGCCUUCAAGUGGAGAAAGAGAGGCUGCAGCUUCAUAAAGAUGGCCAACAGAUGGCACUGCACUCAUGAAACACCACUGAUCAAGUCAGCCCACAAAAUUGCCUUCUGUUCUGGCCAAACAAUUCAUGAGUCAAAGCUUCUCACUCACUGAUUAUAGAUAUAUGGCACUCAGAAACAUGUCUGUGAACAGUUAAAGCAAAAAUGAGCGAAAAAUCAGUGCAUUACGUCCUGUAAUGUGAAUGUAGCAAGUGUUAAUGAGUGUGUCUGUGUGUAUUUGUUCAGUCAAGUGCAUUCUCUCACCAUUUAGCUUCUCAUGGUAAAUGUUUUCAAGUCCAGAAGAUCCCUGAGUUGCAGGACUGAUGGCCUCUUUUUGAGUGCUGAUUGAUUUACAAGUUGCAGCAGACAUUUCAGUUCUGCAGAUGUGUGUUUAUCGUGGUCAUGUUAUUACUGUCGGAUGUUAUGGUUACAUACAAUCCCUUCUGCCUCAACAUGCUACCUAGAUCAUAUGCAAGAAUUUCACACACUCCUCAGUUAAAGAUCAGUUAACUAGGAAUUUCAUCAGAGAGCUUGUGUUGCUUACAGUUUAGUUUAGCUUCUCUUCAAGUGAUAGUUCGCCCAAAAAACCUGCGACCUAUCGUUUACUUUUACUCUGUUUUUAUGUGAUGUUUUUUUUGGGUGAACUAUACCUUUAAGCUCUCUGCCUCUCUUUUGGGACAUUGGAAAGAACCAAAGCUGUUUGGUGCUUUUUUGUUUUGUUUUUUUCGAAAGCUGGAGAUUCUUCAGGGAUUCUCAGGAGUUGAUUCCAGCACAUGUUUGCCUGUUCCAUUUAUGUUAUCAUUCUCAGAUGUAGGCCAUGUAAAUAGAGACAAAACGUCUAAGGGUUGUUUAUUUUUUGUGAGAUGUCUGGUGUUAAUUGAGGUACUCAAAAAGGUGUGUCUGUGUGUGUUAUUGUACUAAAUGUGCAAUACAUUAAGGAUGUGUUUGCCUAAGUGGAUGUUUAUGUUGUGGCAAAGCACAAAAAAUAAAAAUAAUUUAAA